AUGACGUGGCGGCGGCAUCCUCGUGGCGGACCUGUGUCCUCGGGCUCCGCCGUUGCGACGCCGUUUGCUCCUGAGUCGACGCGGAGUUUGGAAGGUAGUCUAGGAGCGGAUGCAGAUUAUGGUCUGCAUCGACGAUAUCUAGAAGAAGGAGCAUGUGUUGGGCUCGUGGUUCGUGGAUGGCAGGUGUUGUCUCGGUCUGGUUCGUUCAACGACAAGGGCUUCACUUUUGAUGAGCCACCUUGGAGGUCCACAAAGCAGCAUAUCAGCAAAGGGAGCCGCGUUGAGCUCGGGGCGGCGUCCCCUACCAGCUCGCGCUCCGUGACGGAGACGGUGAACGGCUCCCACCGCUUCGUGAUCCAGGGCUACUCCCUCGCCAAGGGGAUGGGCGUCGGGAAGCACAUCGCGAGCGAGACCUUCACCGUCGGGGGAUACCAGUGGGCUAUCUACUUCUACCCAGACGGGAAGAACCCGGAGGACAACUCGGCCUAUGUUUCCGUCUUCAUCGCGCUCGCUUCCGAGGGCACUGACGUCCGCGCUCUCUUUGAGCUCACGCUGCAGGACCAGAGCGGCAAGGGCAAGCACAAGGUCCACUCCCAUUUCGAUCGCUCGCUCGAGUCUGGGCCCUACACCCUCAAGUACCGAGGCUCCAUGUGGGGUUACAAACGGUUCUUUCGGCGAACUGCUCUUGAGACAUCGGACUUUCUUAAAGAUGAUUGUUUGAGGAUAAACUGCACUGUGGGUGUUGUGGUUUCAACUAUUGAUUACUCCGGACCACACUCCAUUCAGGUUCCAGACUCUGAUAUUGGCUACCACUUCGGUUCUCUUUUGGACAGUAAUGAAGGGGUUGAUGUUAUUCUUAAUGUGAGUGGAGAGAGGUUUCAUGCCCAUAAGUUGGUGUUGGCUGCACGGUCUACUGUAUUUAGAUCCAAACUUUUUGACGAUGAAUCAGAAGGAGACAAGAACGAGGUUAAUGAGAGUGAGGAUCUGAAGGAGAUUGUUCUUGAUGAUCUAGAGCCCAAGGUUUUCAAGGCAAUGCUUCAUUUCAUCUACAGAGAUACCCUCGUUGAUGAUUAUGAGUUGGAUGCAUCAGGCUCCAUGGGCUCUAUUUUUGAUACUUUGGCGGCAAAGUUGUUGGCCGCAGCAGACAAGUAUGACUUAGGAAGGUUAAGAUUGCUAUGUGAAUCUUACUUGUGCAAAGGCAUUUCUGUGGCCUCGGUUGCAAGUACUCUUGCAUUGGCUGAUAGUCACCAUGCCAUGGAGCUUAAAGCCGUUUGCCUAAAAUUUGCUGCAGAAAAUCUUUCAGCUGUGAUCCGGACUGACGGGUUCGAUUGCCUCAAGGAUAAUUGCCCAUCACUUCAGUCGGAGAUACUGAGAACUGUUGCUGGGUGUGAGGAGCCGUGCAGUAGUGGCGGGAAAAGCCAGAGUGUAUGGGGACAGCUUUCGGACGGUGGCGACACUAGUGGCCGUAGGGUGAGGCCAAGAAUCUGA